AUGGCGUCCCUCCUGGAUUCUGAAGCACAAUUUAUUCAGAGGACUUUGGAUCUCAAACUGUCUGAUGAACUGAAGAGGAGCCUUAAGACUGCAAACUUACAAACGUUUGGAACACUGGCUUACGCACAUGGACAGCCGGGUCAGAACAUUGUGGAUUCAGCUUUUGAGACGUGGCUUACUUCAAACAUUUUGACAGGUGCGAGUGUUGCUGACAUCGCAGGUGCCAAAAGGCUUUUAUUCGAGUCACAGACCAUGGUUCUUGCUGCCUUGCAGGAUUCUGUGAAUGCCCCUGACAGUUCAUCAAUUAAGAAGGUGCCCAAUGCUGAGCGUGAGACCAAAAUGAGGUCUUUGAAAAACAGAUUGAACGGGACACAUGAAGUGCUGACGCAGAAGAGCCCGUCAAAAAUGCUGGAUAUCUCAUCGGAGAGUUUGAUUAUUAAAGAAAAGACCGAAGUCCAGGAUAUGGUUGUAUCUUCGGCGUUGCAAGUCCAAGAGUCUCUGCAGCGCAGAGGCCUGGCCCUGGUCUUCGCGGACCUGGUUCAACAUGCAAAUUAUACCAGGUACCUCACUACGUUGUUCUCACAUUUGCACAGGGAGCCCCCUGCAGGGUAUAGCCGAUGCUCAGUGAGUCAGAUCGUGGCCGCCGACAAAUUGGUGUGGCAGGCUUUGUUGGAGGAAGGGGUGCAACCAAAGAGAGAUGAUGCAGGUGUGUUGGCAUUGGACACCAAGUUGCUCAGCACUUUGGAGAGCUAUCGAGUUUCAUUCAGUUUGCUUCCUUUGAUUGCCAAAAAGGAAGGUCCAGGGAACAUCCAGAAGAAGAACAAACCGCAGCAGCCUUGGUCGAGCGGAAAGGGUGCAGUGGCCACCACACAGGUGUCUCCCCGUCAGCCCAUAAUCCAUGCAGUGAGCGUGUUGGCAGAGAUGAACAAUUUUCCGCAGUUCUCCGAGACCCAGAGAAUUCUUGUGAGUCUGAAGGAGCUUGGUUUGGUUGAAUCCUUCGGAGUUGAUCACGAUGUUGACAAGGCGAUUGCAACUGUGAAGAAAUUGGAUUUGAAAAUCCCAGGACCAGUGCCGUUGAGAUCGCAUGAACUUCCAGAGGGUUUGACUGGUUUGCGAGGCCUGGCAAGGGCCAUUGCCAAAGCUUUCGCUGACAUUUUGGUAAGUCAUGGGUGGAGUCCACCGCAUGAAUGUUUUCAGCUGCAGUCACAUGACAUCAAUUUAAAAACCAUGAGAGCAGUAGCCACUGCUCAGCCGGAAGCCUAUCGCAUUCCUCCAGUGGUGCGUGAACACAAGCAGGAUCUGGGUCACUUGCCGAAGCUGAGGGCCGACUGGUUUAGCAAAUGGACAGCCAGGGCAAAGGAGCUUCGACCAGCAGAGAUGGAGAUGAAAGCGAGCAUGCCUGAACACAUAGCAAAUAUUUUGAAGCCAAAGCGGCUGCUUCUCUGGAAAGAAAUUUUGCUGGAUUUGGGAUAUCCAGAUGCAGAUGUGGUGUCAGAAUUGGCAAACGGUACUGAGCUUGUAGGGGAAGUUCCCACCUAUGGCAUCUUUGAGAAAACUUUCAAGCCAGCAGAAACAACGGUGGACAGUUUGUGCAAGGAGGCGAAAUCGAUCAAGCAGAAGCACUACCAUAGCUGCAGGUCGUCAGGGGACAAAGAGAUAGAUGAGCUUGUUUGGAAGAAGACCCAAGAGGAAGUUGAGCUUGGAUGGGCAUCCGGCCCCAUUGAUAUAGCGAACCUGCCAGCUGAUGCAAUUGUAAGCCGACGUUUUGGACUCCGACAACCUGGGAAGAUACGCUUGAUUGAUGACUUGUCGGCUAGCAAUGUCAACCAGACGGUGCAAUGUGCAGAAUCGCCCAAGCCGCAAUCAAUCGACUUCGUGGCUGCCCUGCUGUUGACGAUUCUGAAAAGUAGCGGAGGUGUUUCUGCUUCUGAUCCAAUUUCUCAGUUUGCAAGCCUGGUUGAUGACCCGAUUUCUCAGUUUUCAGUCAUUUCGGGAUGUUACAUGGACAAUGUCGAUCUUUUUGAUGUGAAUGCAAAUGACGCCAUGAAGAGUUUGGAUGAGUGGUCAGCAUGUGGUAGUGGCAUAGACGAGUCUAUUGAUCGACUGAACUUGCGCAGAGCAAUAGGGUCGCAAUUUGGCGAUUGUGAUGCUUUGGGACACCAAGUGUCUCCGAGUGCUGCUGGAUCCUCAGAUCGUUUUGACAGGAAUGACAUCAAUCCGAACUUGGAUCAUGAAACUGCUCUGCAAGUUUUCAACAGUACUUUGGCUGUGGACUCUCCCAAGUUUAUGUGGGAAGGAGAUGGAUUCCUGGGGACAGUUUUUGGCAGUGGCACUUCAGUUGUUGACCAGCUUUUCAAACCAGUUGCAUUGAAACGACCUGCACCUUGUUUUGUGGACCUCUCCAACGACAGCAUGGAGAAGACGCCCAUUGCAAAGGCGCUCAGGACAGGUGCAGCUAAGCCGAUUUACCUGGGUUCUUUCAGCCGUGCUUCCAGUGAGAAUGAGAACAGCAAGCGUAAGUCUUACUUGUUUGGCUGGGUGACUCUCGUUCUCAUCAAUUGCAGUGCUUUCAGUGUGCUGGAUGAUGCACUAUCAGAUGUAUCUCAGCCGAGCCGGGACCUGAUCAUGCGGUGCCUGGCAGAAUGCUUUGCUGCAAAGGCAACCAGCACACUGGGAAAGCGAUUAGGUUCCAUGAGCAGGUAUGCGGCGCACUGUGAGGCACUGAGUUUGAAUGCAUUUCCACUUUCAGAGAGGAGCUUGUAUUCCUAUUUGAGGGCACUUCAUGAUGACCCCAAGUCUUCAGCAAGUGUUGGUAGGUCUUUUCUGGAAGCUGUCAGAUUCAGUGCAGCAAUGCUUGGGCUGCAUGGGUUGGAGCGAGACAGAGUGCCUCAAAGGGUUUCAGGGCUUGCAGAGCUGUUGGCAAAGCGUGCACCUUGUGUGAAGCAGGCUUCACCUCUUUCAGUGCGACAGGUGGCGGCUUUGGAGGAGACGUGCUGCACGGCAGAAGCAAUGCAGGACAGGAUUCUUGUGGGAGGCCUUUUGCUGAUGGUUUACAGCUGUGCUAGAGCCUCUGACAUGUCCAGGGUUGUCAAGCUUGUCAUCGACAGAGUGCAAACCGAUGGUGCAAGCCUGGACAAGCAUACAGUGGCAGGGUUCAUUGAGGCAAGCGCUCUGCACACAAAAGGGGCUCGAUCACAGACUCACAAGAGGACGCUCCUUCCACUUGUGGCUCCAAUGACAGGAGUUUCGGAUUGGUGCUGGUGGGACCACUACCUCCAAGCCAGAGAGGCGAUGGGAGUAGCAUCGAAAGGAGGGCUUGCUUACCCGCUUUUGUGCCGUUUUGAUGAACAAGGAGUUCCUCUGGCCGAUGCACUUCAAGCUUCAGAGGUGGGCAGGUACUUGAGGAACGUGCUCAAAGUGGCCCAUGGCAGCACGAACGAGAUCAGGAGUCAUUCUUUGAAAGUGACUGCAUUGAGUUGGAUGGCCAAAGCAGGGAGCAGUCUGACAUUGCGCCGAAGCUUGGGUCAUCACCUGGACCCGAGUGCAAAGAGCGCCACCAUCUAUUCCAGAGAUGCGAUGGCACCACCGCUGAGGGAGUUGUGUCGUGUGAUACAGCUCAUUGCAUCGAAGCAGUUCAUGCCGGACAACACCAGAAGUGGACGUUUUGCAGCAGAAAUGCCAGCUGGCGACCGCUGCGAUGCAGAGGGCAACUCUGAUGGGGAGUCCGAGGAAUCGUACGAGAUGCCUUUCUCAGAGCGCAUGGUGGGCGACACAGAUGACUCCAAUACAGACACUUCGUCUGAUGCUGACGAAAGAUUGGAGGCUGAGCCCUUGGACACCACGACGCUGUGGGAACUUGUGGAGCCUAGGCAUCGUCCAAACCUGGUGCAAGUCAAAGCUGGCUUGGUGACAUGGAUGCAUGUGCAAUCACAUGUCAUGCACUUGCUGUCGGAAGGCAGUCAAAGGUUCGUAUGCGGCCGAGUGGAUGGCCGUCGAAGGAGCUUGUUUGCCUGCUCCCAGCUGAAUGCAGCAUGGAGCCAAGAGCUUGAGACAUAUGCUAUGACGGACAAAAAGGAGUUUGACCGAGCUGCCAUGUCCGCGUAUGCGGAAUCAAAGGCGAGUUUCAGACACAGGAGCAUCGAGAUAGGCUUGAGUGAGGAUCAAGUCGAUUUGCUGAAGGACCAGAAUAUCACGUCGUUCAACAUUUUGGCCUUCAGUGUCUGUGGCCAACCAGGUCAGAUUGAUGAUGCUCGUUUUCGAAAUCUGAUGGAUAGCACCUUCAACAAUGCCUCCCUGGGUGUUGAAUCAAUGAUGAGGCAGCUGUGCUAUGAAGCAAUCACCAUAUCUGUUGCUGCAAUUAAGCAGCGGAUUGAGCCCUCAGUCGAGGGUCAAGUGAAAAGGCUGCCUCCUCAGGAGAGGGAUGAGCGGAUGCGCCGGAUCAGUGACAGGAUCACAGGUUUUGAGAUCACCGGUGACUAUGAGCCAGCUCAUUGCAUAGCAGAUUUCUUCACGACCAUGAUUGAAGAAGCAGCGCCGAGAUAUCUUCCUUUGAGCAAGUGUGUCAGCAGGGAACAGGAGUUGCUUAGCCAGAAGGUGGACAAGAGGAUAGUGGUCUUGGAAGACCAAAAACUCCAGGUGAAGAGCACUUCGCCAGACUUCACCGCGGACCUCUCCACGGACUUGAAGCUGCAGAACGCGUUCAUUCGGCGUGGCAUUGCUUGUGAGUUGUCCAACCUCAUGACGUAUGACACACAUGAGAAGAUCAGGCAUGCUUUUAUGGCACAUAUGACGCGUGAUGCUCCACCAGGUUUCAAGAGCCCAGACAUGGCUGCAAUAGUACGAGCUGACCGAGAGUUGUGGAUGCGAGCAUUUGACAAGUGCAAGUCGGACUUGAAAGUCAACCAACAAGGUAAGCUUCCUCUUGACCUUGCGAUGUUGGAGCUUUACACCAGCCCCCAAGUUGUCUUCCACCUGUUGCCGACGCCGGGGGGCUUGUCAAGGAAGAGAUCUAGGUCCAGGUCAGGGCCAAAACAGACCAAGCCCAAGCCGGGCAAUCCUUCGCCUGCAAAGACAAAUCCGAAGGCGGACAAGAAGGACACCCAAAACUGCAAGGCGCUUGGCUCUGUAGUUUGUGCUGAGGUGUUCUGCGGCAAAGGGCGGCUGUCCAGAAAGCUCAGACAGCACAAUUUUCAGGUUUUGUCGGUGGACCACAAGCCGCAGAAAGGGACACCAGUUUUCCAGAUUGAUAUUACAAAGAAAGCGGACAGGAAAAUUUUGGAAGACAUUUUGUCUAUGGACUGUAUUUUAUACCGCCAUUUUGCUCCGCCGUGUGGGACGGCAUCUGCAGCCCGGCAGAUCAAGCCGGGACCUCCACCUUUGCGUUCCAUUCGAUUUCCGAUGGGCUUCAAGAACUUGAAGGGUAUCAAUAAGCAGAGGGUCAUUGCUGCCAAUUUUCUUUACAGGUGGACAAAGAAGAUGAUUGUGCGCCUAGAGCGUGCAGGCGCAGCAUGGAGCGUCGAAAAUCCGGCCAGCUCACUUAUGUGGGCCACUGACCCCUUUGUAGAACUUACCGAUGAGAUCCCUUCUUUGAUUGCUUUUUCUUUUCACACUUGCAUGUUCCAAGCAAAGAGGAAAAAGGACACAGCGAUUUGGACUUCUGUCAAGGAGCUUCGCAAUCACCUUGAACGUAAGUGUGACAACCAACAUGAGCACUUAGCUUGGGGCAAGUCUGACAAGCAUGAGGGUUUUGCAACUGCUGAUGAGUGUGCGUACAAUGAAAGCAUGUGCGCAUCAUGGGCUCAGGCCAUUUACGAUUUUGCUGUGGCGCGUGGGUAUCAUGCUCCACCGUCAGAUUUGCAGGAUGAUAUCAAUGGUUUGGAAGCUUCACAAAUUAACAAGACCAUUUUGGGUUGUCUUCCUCGUGGCCGCAAAGUGCCGCCACUUCUGACUGAUUGGUUGGAGCCACAGCUUUUCAAAAUUGAUGGUAUACAGGCAGUGCAAACUCUGCCCAUUGGCAAGAGAAUCCCUGAUUCAGUGCAACGUUUUCCUCAGGGGUCCAAAUUGGUGCGCUUUACAAAUGAAAAGGGGGAGGUGAUUGAGCGAGAGAAGCAACCGGAUGGCAGUGUGUCCGAGUUGCCCAUGUUUGCAUUGAUUGGCAUACCGAGAGAACCUCGAGACUUCGUUGCCAAAGCUUGCUCUUUGGUUCAUCCUGUUUUGAGAGCGAUGCAAGUUGGAAGCUUGAUGUUGGAUGCCAUUGAUUCAUAUGAACUUGGCGACAAAUUGGAAUUCCGGCGUGUUCAAUGUAGAUUCUCGCAAAGCUUGUUGCGGCAGAUGAGCGAGCUCCAGGCCGAAGAGGAAUCAUUGCAUGCUGGUAUGGCCGAGCAUCUUCAGCGUGUUCUCAAGGGCAAAAGGUUGUGCCUCUUUCGAAAGCUGCUGUUGGACAGCCGCUACCCAGAUUCCAAGGUUGCAGAUGAGAUGGCAGCUGGUUUUCCUUUGUGUGGUUGGUUACCUACAUCGGAUGUUUUUCCAUCUAAGCUUAGGCCACCGGUCUUGCACAUGGAUACGUUGGAGAAAAUGAGCGCCUCUUUUGCAGCGCGUUCCAUAGGUGCAACAAAGGCGUCAGGUGACCAAGAGAUGGAUCGCUUGUUGUGGGAAGCCACACUUGAUGAAGUGAAAGCAGGGUUCUUGUCGGGCCCUUACAGCACCAGAGACCUCCCGAAGGGCGCAAUAGCUUCUCCAAGGUUUGGGCUUCUUCAGAAGUCGAAGCUCAGGCCGAUUGACAAUUUCUCUGCUUCCCAUAUCAACAGUGCAACUGGUCUUAGGGAUAAACUUCAAGUGGACUCCAUUGACGAGAUCUGUGCGAUGAUCAAAGCAUGGGCGCAAAGAAGUUCAGGGGUGCCUAAGUUGGUUGGGCGUUCCUAUGACCUCAGGAAGGCAUACCGCCAAAUUGGCAUUGCGCCUGAACACCUUAAGUUUGCUUGGAUCAGCGUGUGGAGCCCCGACGCUGGUGAGCCACGCCUGUUCCGCAUGGACUCUAUGCCUUUCGGCGCCACGGCGUCGGUAGGCGCUUUCCUGAGACUUUCACAAGCCUUGAAAAGCCUAGGGGUUUCCCAGGCAGCUUUGAUAUGGUCUUCCUUCUACGAUGACUUUGUGUGCGUAUGCCCCCCUUGUGCUGCCCUACAGGUUGACAGGAUGAUCCGCUUGUUUUUCCAGGCUUUGGGGUGGCAGUUGUCUACGGACGAGGCCAAAGACCAUGCCUUCAGCUCGAAGUUUCAAGCGUUGGGAGUGGAAUUUGACCUGAGAACCAUGCAAGCGACUUCGCUGAGAUCCAGGUUGUUGUUUGCGGAUGCACAGGUGUUUGGCAGAUUCGCCAAAGCAGCCCUGCACGAGGUUGGCCGAGUGGGGCUGGACACCAGCGACAUGACUCCUUUGUCGCCCAAUGUGCGCCAGAGUUUGCUUUGGCUACGGGAUAGAGUUCUUGCUGGCCCGCCGCGAAAGAUCGACUUUAGAGAUUCAGAGACUUUUUACUUGUUUUUGGAUGGUGCAUGCACCGAUUGGGUAAGUGACGACAUUUGGUGUGGCACCUCGAUCGGCGGGGGACUUGUUUUUCCAGACGGUUCAGUGCGUGAGUGCUUUGGUGAAGUGCUUCCGCAGGAUUGGAUGGCGGAAUGGGGUUGGAACCAACAGCAACAGUAUAUCUUUGAGGCAGAAGUAAUGCCAUAUGCCGUCAGUCUCAUGCUUUGGAAACGGCAUCUGAUGGGCAAGUGUAUUUUCGUCUUCAUUGACAACGAAGGUGCUCGUUCUGCUUGGAUUUCUGGUUUUGCUGCGACCAAGGCGGCACAGCACAUGUUGCACCUUGGAACUUCUGCCGAGGCAGAACUUUGUGUUCAUCCUUUCUUUGCCAGGGUUCCGACCCACUCUAAUCUUGGAGACGCUCCGUCUCGUGGGAAGUUUGAAGUGAUUGAGAAGCUUGGAGGAAUGCGAACGCGUGCUCCUAUCGGAAUGAUCGAAUGCUUGAUGAAGCAUGGAGGUGGAUCAACGGUCCCAUUCGAAUGCGAGUGGGGGCUUAAUGGGGCUCUGAAAAUCAUGUGGAGUGUGUUUUUCGACGACUAUGUGGUUUUCUCUCAGAAGCUCCAUGUCAAAAAUACGGAAGCCACUGUUGAACUUCUGUUCAGACUACUAGGGUGGAAAUUUGCAGAAGAGGGUGAGAAAGCGACCUGCUUUGGUGAUGAUUUUUCAGCGCUGGGUGCGCGCCUCAAUUUGGAGAAUGCAAGCUUGGGAAAAGUCAGUUUCAUCAACACAGAGAAGCGCAUUACAGAGCUGACCAGCGCCAUAGAAGAUAUCAUCAGGAAGGGUCGGAUGACUGUUUUGGAAUCGCAGAAGCUUAGAGGGAGAAUGCAGUUUGCAGAUGGACAAGUCUUUGGUCGUUUGGGAAAGUUGUGCAUGAAAGCCAUAACGCAACAUGCUUUUAAAGGUCGGGGUGAUAAACUUGAGAAACCAACGGUUGAUGCCUUGAGAAGAUUUGUGAUUUUUCUUAACUAUGCAGAACCUCGAAGUUUGGAAUUGGCUUCCGACUCUGUUUGGACCAUUUACACCGACGCAUGCUAUGAGCCUCAACGGACCAACUGGGUAUGUGGUCUGGGUGGGGUGCUUGUGAAUCCGCUUGGUGAAAAGGUGGCGUUCUUUUCAAUGGAACUGUCAACAGAACAAAGGCGUGCGCUGGGUGCUGAGUUCAAAAAGACCAUCAUCUUUGAAGCGGAACUGCUGGCCAUGGCUUGGGAUUUGCUUGAAAAUACACCUGUCAAAGACAUCUUCGAAGAAGAAGGAUACAAGCUGGUGUUUGAUAUCUUGGAUGCCAAGUAUCAAGAACGAGAACAAGACGAGCUGCAAAGAGCCUGGCGUGAAUACUUCUACACGGUGACCAUCCGCCAAGGAGAAGAGUUCAGGGCUUUCAUUGUCAGGCUCGAGACAUCCUACAGGCUGCUGGUGGCACAUGAAGUGGAACUCCCACGGGAAGUCAGAGGUUGGUUCUUGAUGAAAAAGCUGCAUCUUGAUGCUACUCAGGAAGCCUUGCUCCUGACAGCAACUCAGGGCUCACUUGCCUACAAAAAUGUUGUGACCGGAAUCAAGGCCGUUUUUCCUCAUGGAAAAGGAGACCUGAGCCGCACCAACAAGACCAAGGCUGAUGAGCGAAGCGAGAUCUUUGAGGUCUGGCAAGGUAUCGCUGAUCAAGUUCAAGGACAGGGAAGUGACUAUGAAUCGGAAGAUGCCCUGGAAGUGUAUGAGUCUUAUAAGGACAUCAAGAAACGUGUCCAGGAGAAGAAGACUGGAAGGGGAUAUCGGCCGAUGUCAAAGCAGUGGAACAUUCAAGGCAGCAUUCGUGGUCGCAUUGAAGCGGUCAAGGCUGGUGAUGUCUUUGUCCAUGAGGAUGUUGAGCACCACAAGGACGAGGAGAGAUCAUGCGAAGCAGCUGCAGAAGUGACAGGUCCCAGCUCCAUUAGGGAGCCACGCAGUACCAGACACAGCCUGCCGCUAGAGAAGAUUUCGUAUCAAGGGCCAAGCUCGAGUCAGACACCUCUAGCUCGACGGCUCAUGAAGGAACUCCAGGACAACUUCGGAGAAGAUCCUUCCGAGAUGGCCAUGCAGGAUCUGGACGCCUUGAGCGACAUGUCCGAGGACGAUCCCCUGAGCUGUCCAGUCAAGAGCUUUCACACCGUGACAGUGGGCAAGUACGGCAAGAACCUGAAAUCCAGAAUCCCAAUCGGCCAGAUCUAUCAAGUAGACAAACCAUACAUUCAAUGGGUGAGGACUCACAUUCACGAGAACUCAUCAGCGACAGCAUGUAUGGUCAAGCUUCGGCUGUACAUAGAGAUGCGCGAUGCCCAGAAAAAGAUCCGUGUGAACCGAUCUCAGUCCAGUCAGCUUCGACGACUUCAAGAACCAGUGACUCCCAAAGUGUCCGUGAAGACCCCAAUGACAACUCCAAAGAGCAAAUCAACUCCAGGAUCCCGUGGACAAGUGAGAAAGUCCCGAGAGGGAACCGGAUGGAGCCAACACACAAAUACCAUGGAGACGGAGGAAUGGGAGACCAUUUUGCUAGGAGAAAAAGACAAUCAGUGGGAAGAGCAAACCCAUGUGAGCCACAGUGGGUCGAGAUGGUGCAGAACUACCUGA